CUACAAGGCCUUUGGGAGGCUUGGGUUAUAGCGUAAUAGCGUAACAAUAACCAGUUCAUAGCGCCAGUAAGCAAGCCCUCAGGCCCUGCAUCCAUAACAUUCAUAACAUCCAUAAACACCCAUAACAUGCCAUUUCGGUAGCAACAGCUCAUACCUAAAUCCACCUUUUAUUUUUCAAACCUUACAUAACCUAACCCGACCGUUAAUACUCUACCUCUUAGGUAAAUACUAAUAUUAUCACCAAUAACUACCUAAACCUCGCUUUCGCCUCGCCUCGCCUCGUCUCUUCGUCGUCAUUCCCAAUUGUCCUUUUGGUUUAACUACUUAUUUCUUCCAAUGUCAUCGUAAUUUAUUUCCUUUCGCUUCUCUCUUUUAUUCCGUAUUUAUAUGUCUCUCUAUCGCCCCCCUCUUACGUCUUUGCUCGUAAUAUCUCUGUAUAAUUGCGCCCGUCAUUAGUCGCGAUGGAAGAUCUCUCGAGGGCCGAGUACCCAGCCAUGCUGGCACACCUCCAUCCCAACCAAGCAGUUCAUGCUCUGAACGACCGAGUCAAGCGCAUUUCCAAGGUCAACACCGAGAUCGCCGAUUGGUUACAGGAGCGUAGGAAAGUAGAGGAGCAAUACGUCCAAGGUUUAAAGAGGUUAACUCAGUUUCGAGUUCCCAAUGCGCAGUCGGAACUUGGGACCUUCCAACCACAAUGGGACAAGAUUAUCCAGUCCGCCGAUGCCCUUGCCAUGUCGCAUCACAUCUUCGCAACUAAGAUCGAGAAAGAUGUCGAGAUACCCUUACGGAGUUUUCAACAGAGAAAGGAGAUGGUUAAUAUCCAGACCAUCCAGGGAAACCUUCAAAAUAUGGCCAGGGAGCUUGAGGAUGCCCAGGAACGGUCCGAUAAGCUUAGCAGGAAGGGCGCCAAAGCCAGCGCUCAAAAGGUAGAACUAGCAGCCGGGAAGCUAGAAUCUGCUGCUCAACAGUGGGAAUCCCAGGCGCCAUUUAUUUUUGAAUCUCUGCAGGCCUUGGAUGAGAGUCGAAUGAAUCAGUUGCGUGAUUGUCUUACUCAGUACGGAACUUACGAAGGAGAGCAGGCCCAAAGUCAUCAAGCCGAGGCAGAAACGGUACUUAACAGCUUGUUGGACUACAGCACUGCGGCCGAGAUUCAGCAAUUUGUGGCUAAGACAACGGCUGGCCGCCCAAAGGUCGAGAAGCGAACUACUGCGGCACGACAAUCGUCUAGUUUAAGCGAGAGAAAUUCCACAUUAGCGCCUCCUACUGCCCAUCCGACUGCUGAUGAUCGUAGCGAGCAUUCUAUCUCCAGGGAAGGACAAUCGGAAAACAAGCUGCGCAGCCGCAUAGGCACUAUGCUUGGUCGGAGGCGACAGAGUAUACACGGUGGUUUCGGGCCCCUUUCGCCUGCUAAAGGGCCUUUCGGAAGGAACAUCAAAAGUGCCCAUGGCCCAUCUCCUAGGACAUCAUCCAGCAAUCUGGGCGAUUCUACAAACAGGCUAGGAUCGCUCGUGGAAUACCCUCCUUCAACUGAGACGCCUUCUCGAACGUCCGAGACAAAGGAAAAGACAAGCCAUGAUGGUACGAAUGGUUUAGGUCGUGACAACUCUACGGAUGUGCCCCCACCCGGAACGGCAACAUCGCAAGCGUCGCAUAUGAAUGGUACAUCAAUUCCUGCCGACAUCGCCGAUGUGCCUCCUCCGCCAGGGCCCCCGCCAUCUCAGAAGGAACCGGAAAAAGACUCCGAGGGGUUUAGCGUGCCCGCCCCGGCUAACGAUCCGAUCUCCCAAGCAGAGAGAGAAGCCGCAGCGCAUGAGGCCGAGCAGUUAUUCAAGCUGAAUAUCCAGAAAGAGCCCGUGGCCGAGGAGGAUCCGGAAGAAAAGAAGGCGGCGCUUUCGAAUGUUGCCAAUAGUCUGUCAGCUAUGGGAAUGCCGGCUCGGAAAGGGGGUACUAUCAGAGGCCGAAGAGAUGUACGCAAUACUAUCUACGUUCCUGCUCCCGUCUCUGAAGGUUCUGCGACCGAUAACCAACACCCUUUCCCUCCUAUGCACGCCAUAUCUAAACCUGCCGGGGUCACUACUUUUGCCUCCGAAGCGAGUGUUGCGGGCACAUCGGAUACUCAGUCCGUCCGCUCUGGCAACUCGUUGAAUAGCACCAUUCACGCAAAACAUCCCGACAUGCAUGAGCCCGGCCUCAACUCUUCUGUUAUGGAGACUGUUUCAGCAUCGUUCGAAAACGGCGAGGUUCGGGGUGUGAAGGUCAAUGGCGAGAUCGCCUUUUCAUACAACGCUAUGGAUUCCUUUAACUUGCCUACUCAUCUACCUAUUCGAAUCAAUAAUUUUGCUACACUCGAUGUUAUUGGUCCUAAUCGUAUUUUUAUCACUAAUGACACACCUGAACAUCCAGACCGAUUUAACUUGGAUCCCUCGCAUCUUCACAAAACUUCCGUUGGCUUCUCCUAUAGGCUUCAUGUAGAUUCAGACGCCACUUCCACGGAACAUGUGCCGAUUCUCGUUCACCCUGUAUGGAAGCCACAGGGAGACAAGCUGGGACUAUUGCUUCAAUAUAAGCUUAACCCGGCCUUCAGAUUUGCUAAUGGAGGAGGUUCUAGCGUACAGGUGCAUAGCCUAGUACUUUUUGCUACGUACGAGGGUAAGGCAUCAGGCGCUCAGACUAAACCGUCCGGAACGCACCUCAAGGAUAAACAUAUUGUAUACUGGCGUCUCGGCGACGUUACUUUAUCUCCGGACGCGGACUGGCAGAAGAUCGUGUGCCGGAUAAUAGGCGACCAAGGCGUAGAGCCCAAGCCGGGCUCGAUCGAGGCGCGGUGGGAGAUCACCCCGCCGUCGGGAUUCGUCGAGAGCGCAAGCGCUAUUUCGGUAUCCAAGUUCGAAGAGGGCAAGGGCAAAGAGGUAGAGCUCACCGAAGACGACCCGUUCGCGGACGACACCGCCGCUGUCGAAGAGGGCAAGUGGGUCGACGUGCCUGUGGUGAGGAAGUUGGUGAGCGGGAAGUACGAAGCGAGGUAGAUAGAUUACCUACCUACCUAGGUAUACCUAACCUAACCUUAGGUAUCUAUUAGAGGAUAAGCACCUAUCUAGGAGAUGAAGGAAGACGAAGACGAAGAUCAAGGUACAGAUUCUCGAAAGAAGAAGCGGGGAGAAGCGUGGAGGGGAAGAAUAUAACUUAUAUUGUCUGGACGACGAUGAUGCUCUUUUGUAAAAGAAAAAAACAAAUAUCAAUCAGAUUAGCGGGUUGUUAAAAUUGAAGGUUCCAUUUGUGCAUAUAUAUAUAACCUUAGGUACCUACCUCCUAGGUAUGUUUUCGAUCUUUUUUUUCUCUUAUUAUCGGAUAUUUUACCUUGCAGCUUUAUACCUAAGGUAAUUUGAACGACUUGAUAUCAAAACUCUUCUGCAUAUCUUACUUUGUAACAACACGAUAAUUCCAUAGUGCUUACAUGUAAUGUGAUAUUGGUCUAGACAUGUAUAGGAGAUAGGUAGGCAGAUAAUAAAAAAUCAUGAGGUAUACAACAA